CGAGGGUUGAGCUGAUGCCGCAAGCUCGGGUUGGUCAAGUGACUCUAGCUAGCUAGACGCUCCUUUCCACUACUUGUAGGAUCGGUGCUAGAGUGGCUGUUUGGGCUUUAUCCUUGGCUCUGCAUGUUGCGCUAGUCGUAGCCCGUACAAGUGUGAGGGCGGCGAACUAGUUAGCCUUCUGAGAGGCAGGCUGGGUCUCUGUGCCUGUACCAGCAGCAGAGAGCAAACAGCGGUAGUCAAUGCGACCAAGGGUCCGUUUUGUUGACCGUCAAAGACGCACCUCCACGAUUGCAGGACACGCUGCUGCCUUUACCAUGCAUGGCCCACUCCUAGGGCUUAUGCCAGCUCGAGAAUCCAAAUUUGGGUGUCUAAGCCUCCCGCGAACGGUCGUCCAAGACCUUAGAUCCCACGUGUUGCGAAAAAAGUGAGUUGGGUAGUUAGAGGAGCUGAGUCGUGAUGUUGCCUGACAAGCAUCGAACGUUCCAAUGGGCAAGGUGUAGGACAGCAGGACUAAAAUUGGUUUGGUCACAUAGAGACAGCCGCUUCAUCAGCAGAUGAAUGCGCUAUUAGUUGCUUCCUUGGCAUCAUUCUUCGUCUACAUCAGUUUCAGCAUACCUGGUACAUGUAGCUUUUCUUCGGCAACCUGCUUGCCGAGAAUGGAGAAUGUUCUUCUGAACAUCACCACUUCCGCGAGUAAAGCAAAAAUGAAAUUCAUACAUGCAUCUGUCGUGGGGGUGUCUCAAGCCAACCCUCCAAAUAUUCCCCCACCUUGGUAACUUUUUGGAGAUCUUAUGGGGUGAAUACAUUCCGAAAAUAGCAAAUAUGUGAGCUGUGAGUGGUCUUAUAAAGUAAAAAAAUCUCUCAAGUCCAUUUCAAAAUUAAGUGAUCACAUUGAAUAUUAGUUUGGAAGUUUGGGUAAUUAACAUGUAUUGGAGAAGGUUUUAGACACCCCAGACUGAGAGGAAACUUUCUGAAAAGCUUCUGUACCACUGCUACUCGCGCCCCGACCGGUACCAGUGGCUUUAAGCCACCAGAUGGGCCGCGAGUAGACUGUAUGGUACUGUAGCAGGUACCGGUACCGUACCAAAUAAAUGCCUCGAUUCGAUUCUGUUCUUAGGAAACUGGGUUCGGCAAUGGUGGAGUUUUGUAUCCCGCGUGCAGUAAAAGAUGACCAUUUUUUUCUUCUUUCGCAACCCGCAACAGUUAAUUUACCACCUACCGAUAGCUAGCUAGGCUAGUAGGAGGCGGUUCUGAACUGAAUUCAAGAAUGUCAGAAGCGUCACAAUUUACUGAAGUUGAUCUAUUAAACAGUGUCUAGAAUAUUCUUGGUUUGAAGGACAAGGAAAGAAAGUCACCAUGAAGCUCCUCUCUCUUUUUAUGACGGCCAUGGCUUUGGUUACACUGGCAUCAGGGCAGUACCAUCCCCGCGGCGCAGACCGAUAUGGAGACCGAUAUGUGCGUUCUGGGGGACGUCAGCUUCAGUCGAAGUCAUCUUCGUCCAUGAGCAAGAGUAGCUCCAUGUCCACUUCAAAGUCCAUGAGCAGCAGCAAGAGUAUGAGCAUGAGCUCAUCCAAGUCCAUGAGUUCCUCGAAGAGCAUGAGCUCUUCCAAGUCCACGUCUGCGUCCAAGUCGUCUAGUAUGUCAACCUCAAAGAGUAUGAGUUCUUCCAAGUCCAUGAGUUCCUCGAAGAGUAUGAGCACCUCCAAGAGUAUGUCGUCUUCGAAAUCCAUGUCCAGCAUGAGCAGCAAGUCCAAUCGUCGCCGGUUCGUUAAUCCCGAACCAGUCGCCAUCCAAUACAAGCCUGUGAAAGAAAAGGUUGUCAUUGAUGAUGGACCGCAGCGCCAGAUGCCAUACGACACCCGACGCUACCGUUACCGUCGCACUCUUCGAGCCUAA